AUGACGGUUGACGAAGCACCCGUCUCCUGGCUCGCGUCAUCUGGGUCCUCCAACCAGAGACAGAGAGCAGAGUCUCCAGGACCCAGCGGUCUGUCUGUGAAGAGUGACCAGUCUAUGGGACAAAUUAUAACCUUCAGUCAUGAACCUGGAGCCUCAGAGACAAAAGACCAGUUUGCUGUUUCUGUGGACGAGCAGACGUCCCGCUGUCCUCUGUGUCAGGACGUCCUGAAGGAUCCAGUCUCCACCAGCUGCGGUCACCGGUUCUGCAGACUCUGCAUCUCCUCAUACUGGGACCAGUCUGGUCCACCAGGAGACUCCUGCUGUCCCCAGUGUGGACAAAGACCCAGGACAGGACGUGGACCACGGAGCAUCCCAGAUGUUGGUCUGCAGAAGGUUCUAGAUGAACAUAAGAUCAGUCUGAGGAGCAGAUUUGAACAUGUGACUGAAGGAACUGAAGGAACAGGAAGUAGAACCCUCCUGAACAGGAUCUUCACUGAGCUCUACAUCACAGAGGGACAGAGUGAAGAGGUCAAUACUCAACAUGAGGUGAUGCAGCUGGAGACGACCUCCAAGAAGAAGACGGUCCAGGACACUCCCAUCAAGUGCUGCGACAUCUUUAAAGCCUUACUUGUCCAGCAGGGGAGCAUCAGAGUUGUCCUGACCAACGGCGUCGCUGGUGUUGGAAAAACCUUCUCGGUGCAGAAGUUCACUCUGGACUGGGCCGAGGGUUUGGAAAACCAGGAUGUGAAUCUGCUGAUUGUGCUCUCGUUCAGGGAGCUGAACCUGAUCAGAGAUCAGCAGCACAGUCUUCUCACGCUGCUCCAUGUUUUCCAUCCAACAUUAGAGAAGGUCAGAGCAGAGGAGCUCGCUGUCUGUAAACCUUUGUUCAUCUUUGACGGCCUGGAUGAAAGCAGACUCUCACUGGACUUCAGCAGCAGCACGCUGGUUUCUGACGUCACACACAGGUCAUCAGUCAACGCGCUGCUGACCAACCUCAUCCAGGGGAAUCUGCUUCCCUCAGCUCUUGUCUGGAUAACUUCUCGACCUGCGGCGGCCAAUCAGAUCCCUCCUAAAUGUGUUGCCAGGGUAACAGAAGUACGAGGCUUCACUGACGACCAGAAGGACGAGUACUUCAGGAAGAGAUCCAGAACUGAUGAUCUGUCCAGCAAAAUCAUCUCACACAUCAAGACGUCCAGGAGCCUCCACAUCAUGUGUCAAGUCCCAGUCUUCUGCUGGAUCAGUGCUACAGUUCUGGAGCACAUGUUGACCACAGAGCAGAGAGGAGAGCUGCCCAAGACCCUGACAGACCUGUACUCACACUUCCUGCUGGUUCAGACCAAGAGGAAGAAGAACAAAUAUGAUAAAGGAUGUGAGACGAGUCCACGGGAGCUGACGGAGGCCGACAGGGACUUUCUUCUGAAGCUGGGUAGGCUGGCCUUUGAACAUCUACAGAAAGGAGACAUCAUGUUCUACCAAGAAGACCUGGAGCGGUGUGGUCUAAGUGUGACAGAGGCCUCGGUGUACUCAGGAGUUUGUACAGAGAUCUUCAGAAGAGAGAGCGUGAUCUUCCAGAAAUCAGUCUACUGCUUUGUUCAUCUGAGCGUUCAGGAGUUUCUGGCUGCAGUCUACAUGUUCCACUGUUUCACCAACAGGAAGACAGAGGUACUGCAGGACUUCUUCAGACAAGAAGAUAAAGACAGGAAGACAGAGGUACUGCAGGACUUCUUCAGACAAGAAGAUAAAGACAGGAAGACAGAGAGUGACUUAUCUCUGGAUGUGUUCCUGAAAGCAGCCAUGGAGAAAUCCCUUCAAAGUGAAAAUGGUCACCUGGACCUGUUUGUUCGCUUCCUUCAUGGACUCUGUCUGGAGUCCAACCACAGACUCUUAGGAGGUCUGCUGGGUCAGACUCAGAAUAGUCCAGAAAUCAUCCAGAGGGUGAUCAAGAACCUGAAGGAGAUGAACACAGACAACAUCUCACCUGACAGAAGCAUCAACAUCUUCCACUGUCUGACAGAGAUGAACGACCAAUCAGUGCAUCAGGAGAUCCAAGAUUUCAUGAAGUCAAAGAACAGAAGACAGGAACUCUCUGAGAUCCACUGCUCAGCUCUGGCCUACAUGCUGCAGAUGUCUGAGGAGGUUCUGGAUGAGUUGGACCUGGACAAGUACAGAACAUCAGACCAGGGGAAACAGAGACUGAUUCCAGCUGUGAGGAACUGCAGGAAGGCUCGGUUGAGGGGCUGCAGUUUGACAGAGAUCAGCUGUUCUUCUCUGGUCUCAGCUCUGAAGUCCAACCCCUCACUCCUGAGAGACCUGGACCUGAGUGGGAACCAUCUGCAGGAUUCAGGAGUGAAGCUGCUGUGUUCUGGACUGGAGAGUCCACAUUGUAGACUGGAG